AUGGCUGGCACGAUCCUGGGAAAACAUCAGAUCGAGAAGGCCCUGUAUGACGAGAAGAAGGAGAUCUCGGCAGGUCGCCUGAAGGAAGAGAAUCCAUUAGACUCCAGCGACGAGUUUAGGAAAUUCUGUGAGGCGUGCCGGCGAGGAGAUCUCAAGGCGUGUCAAGAGGCCAUCAGUACGGGCAUUAAUAUCAAUGCGCGAGACGCCUACGAUUACACGCCACUAAUCCUUGCGAGCCUCUGUGGCCAUUAUGAAGUUGCGCAAAUGCUGCUUGAGCAGGGUGCGCUCUGCGAACGAGACACUUUCCAAGGCGAAAGAUGCCUCUACAAUGCGUUAAACGAUCGAAUCAGGAAUCUGCUGCUCCAAUACGAUUAUAGCAAGUCGACUGACCCUCUACAGCCAUGGGCUGCGCACAUCACGAGUCUACUCACGAGGGAAACGCCGAAAACAGCCGACAUCACGGUGCAGGCCGGCGAAGACAACUUCGAAUUGAACAAGUUUGUGCUCGCCGCACGCAGUCCUUACUUUGCGCAGAAGCUUGCUGCCGCUCCCGAGACCACACACUGGAAGCUAUCAAACAACAUUGCUCCUCAGGCAUUUGACAUUUGUAUCCGAUACCUCUACAUGGGUGAAGUUGGCGCAGACUUGGGUGACGGCGAGGAGGCGCAAAUUAUCCUGACCGGUAUCGAUAAGCUCAGCCGUCAAUUGGAGAUUCAGCAGCUCUUUCAGGAUAUCUUGGCUUCGGGCGACAGGCGACAAGCGAGGCAAAGAAGACAGGAAGAAGUUUCCAGAGGUCGGGGUCAGGUUGAGCAAUGGUUCAAGAGCAAUGUUCUGCAAAACAAGAUGACCGUGGACAGCGACAAAGCAGAUGGCGUCAAGUGGGAUCGAGACAAUGGUAUAUUUGCGGAUGUUCUACUUCGUGCCGAUGACGAAGAUAGUGAGGAAAGCGAGGAACCCGCUGAUGCGACUGGGACUGUGCGACGAGCUGACGGGCCUCGCUCGGUGCUCUUCCCUUGUCAUCGAGCUAUGCUAUUGCGGUCUGAGGUCUUCGCCACCAUGUUUGCAUCGCCAUUUCGCGAAGGCCAGGAGUCGAAACACCUUCGAAUUGUGCCUGUUGAUUGCUCACCCGAAGUUCUCAAGAUCAUUCUGACCUUCCUCUAUACCGAUCAGGCUGAUUUCCCUUUGACAAUAGCAUUAGAAGUGCUGCAGGCCGCCGACAUGCUGUUUAUUGAGAAGCUGAAGCAGAGAGCGGCACUGCUCAUCAGCACGUUGGGCAACGGUAGCGCCAGUGUUGUUGAGGCCGAAAAUCCAAGGGGCGAUGUUGAUGUCGAAGAUGUGAUUGACAUUUAUGAUGUCCUUCGCGCUGGGUGGGAUAUGCGAGUCCAGCGUCUUGAAGAGUUUGCAGCCAGAUUCAUAGCCCACAGGCUAGAGCGAUAUAUUGACGAGCCAGAGUUCAAGGAGUUAGUAAGGGAGUCUGCGGCGCGAGUUCACGCGCGUCAAGAGACGGACACAGUUGAGCUCGUUGAUGAUAUCCGCUACUAUCUCAGCGAAAGAUUCAGACUACGCUUCGAAGACUCUGGAAUUGACGAAAUGAUGGAUGAAUCCAUGAAUGACGAACUUGCGGGACACGCGAAGCCAGACGAAGAGGACGACGAAGGCGUUGAUGUGACCUCGGAAGAUAUGCCUAGGCAGGAACAGCUCCCGACAGAUCUGGAAUUGAUAGAAGGAGGCGUUGUACGCACAUUAGACGGCGACAUUGCGGGCGAUGAAUUCCAGCAGGAUGCACAGAACUACAAGAUAUUACUCGCCAAGAUAGAUAAUAUGAUGGAAGAGCUAGGACUGGACGGAUAG